AUGAGAAUAACUGAUGACGACGGCACGAUCGACAAUGCCGUAACGGACUUGUUGGACACACCACUUCCCGAUGGAAGACAACUAAUUGAUUGUAUGUCCACCGCAUUAAUGCUUCUGCGCGAUUGUGAACGGUUGACGCCUGAUGACGACGUUAUUAAGCAAAGCAUCGAAAGCAUCAAAAGAGAAAAGACAAACUUUCAAGACUUGUGCCACAAGUCUUUAAGGCAUAGCAUGAAAUUGGCUGACCAUGCCGAUGAUGCGGCAAUAUACUUUCAAUGUAUAUUGGAAUUGGAGGGUGGGUUUCCCCAAAGUUUUCUGGAGGCAUUCAAUAAUUUACUCGAAAAUGCACUGUCGCUACGAAAUGAAGCCAAAGAGUUGAAAACGGGAUACAGGUCGAUUGUCGAAAAAUUUCAAGAAAUCAAGCAAAACUUGGAGGAAUGUCAAGAACAGUUGGAGUGUUGUGAAAAGCUAGUUCAUGAAUCGAACCGCUUUCUGACCGCGCAGUUGACAGAUGCAAAUAAAAAGCAGGAGAAGACGCGGGAGAAUGUGAAUGCAUUUUUUGAAAAAGCCUUGUUACUUAUUGCACCUGUUAUGAGUUGGGAAGUGUUAAUAACUUUGCCUCUAGUAAAACCAUGUCUUCUCAAACUCGUGGAUGCGUUUACGGUUGGAGAUGCAAUGAAAAUAAAAAGGCUGUUAGAACCAAUUCACUCGGGCAUAAGUCGCCUCGGCAAGGAUCAGAAUGAUCUCAAGUUGCUUAUUGUUAAUCUCUGCGAUAUAAACUACCAGAUCCAAAUGUUUGAAACUUUCUGGUCGGCCCAAGUGACGGCUUUGGAAGAAGUCAUUCGCAGAUUACAACGGCUUCCGCAGACAUCGCAACGCUUGCAACUGUUCCCACCGACUGUCGCUGCAUUAGGGAGCAAGUAUACAGAAUUAAAAGAAGACUGUAUGAAAUACAGUAAAAGUUGUCAACUCGUCCUAGAUAAGGAUGCCUUGGCUGCAAACUAG